CACAUGGCCAGAGUGUGGCACGGUGGUGAGAAUGAAAUAUACACAGUUAGUGGAAUGAUUCUGUAAAAUUUGGUAGAUUGUAAUCUUAAUAUUUUUUCUAUGAUGCAGUCAUUCCGUAGAAAAUGUAUUUUUGCAUGUUCGUGUUUCCUGACUGGUAGGAAAGCUGUGUUGAAAAACACAUUCUCAACAACUAAUAAAUCUGGAAGUGAACUUGCCAGGUUUCUUCACAGCAAGAUUAAGUUGUCUGGCCCCAUAUCAAUUGCACAAUAUAUGAAGGAGUGUCUCACCAAUCCCAGAUAUGGAUACUACAUGCACAGAGAUGUCUUUGGUCGAGAUGGAGAUUUUAUAACUUCACCUGAGAUCAGUCAAAUGUUUGGAGAGCUUAUUGGUAUCUGGAUAUUAAAUGAGUGGAUGCAAGCUGGUAGCCCUCCAAGGUUACACAUUGUUGAGCUAGGCCCUGGAAGAGGAACGUUAGCUGAGGAUGUACUCAGGGUGUUUUCUAAAUUUAAUCAUCUUGUGAAAGAUGUAUCUCUUCACUUGGUUGAGGUCAGUCCAAAGAUGAGAGAGCUGCAAAAGGCUAAACUAUCAGGUGCAGGGAAGGAAGAACACAGAGGAAAUAUGGGGGCAGGGAAGGGAGAACAUAAAAUCUUGGAAUCUCCUUCAGAAGAAAUUGUCAGUAGAUUUGGUAUCCCUGUUACCUGGCACUACAACUUAAAUGAUGUCCCACGAGGCUUUUCCUGUUUCAUUGCUCAUGAGUUCUUUGAUGCAUUACCAGUCCACAUUUUUCAGAGAUCUGAACGUGGCUGGAGGGAAAUACUAGUUGAUAUUGAUGAAGAUGGUGGACCACAUGGCCUACGAUUUGUGCUGGCACAUGCAAAAACUGCAUCAUCUGUUGUGUAUAUUAAUGAAAUCGAGAAAAGAGAUCGUGUGGAGGUUUGUCCUGAAGCAGGCGUUAUCAUUCAAAAUCUUGCACAGCGAAUAAGAGAAGAUGGUGGUUCAGCUUUGAUUGCUGAUUAUGGCCAUGAUGGUGAUAAAGAUGAUACACUAAGGGGUUUUAAAGAUCAUAAACUACACGAUGUCCUAUCAGAACCCGGUACUGCGGACUUAACUGCUGAUGUCGACUUUUCUUACCUUCGAUUAAUGUCAGGAUUGUCAGUUGACACGUAUGGCCCUAUAACCCAGAAUUAUUUCCUACGCAACAUGGGAAUUGAAACACGAUUGAAAGUACUGAUGGUAAAUGCAUCUACACAGCAACAAAAAGAUUUGGUGUCCGGGUUCAAGAUGCUCACAGAUCCAAAAGAAAUGGGAGAAAGAUUCAAGUUUUUUGCGAUCAAACAAUGUCUAACAGACAAGAAAAUAAAUGGACUUGUACCGGCUGGCUUUUGUAGUUUAACAUGAUCUUACAAUGAUCCCAGUUCACAUCAAAUCAUCAUUCUAAAUAUUGGCAGAAAAAAAAACCACACCACAUGAUUGUCAUCUGAUAUUCAAUAUAUUUCAAUGGGUAAAAGUACUUUAAAGCAUCACAUCAUUAAAAGAAACAAGUCAUUGGGCAGCAUACCACCACCGCUCUCAAUUAAUUCAUGAAUAUUUCCAAACUACUGACGUCAAACACCCCCAAAAGAUAUAAAAUCUGUUUGUAAAGGAAGAUUGUAAAAUUGUUUACUAUUUGUUUUUAACUAUCAAUAUUUGCAAAUUCUGUCUUUUUUUUCACUAUACAAUGUUAAAGCUUUAUUCAGGCUGUGCAAAUAUCUUAAACUUAAUCCUGCAUACUCCCAUGAAUAUUUUCAAUUCAUUACAAUGUUUUGUCUUAAAGCGUGUUAAAAAGUAAACACAAGAAUGCUGACUGCAUGUUGUUACAUUGUUUAGCAAUGCUACAGAAUUUAUAUUGCAUAAUGCAAGGUAGUAAACUUGAAUACCCAUUGUUUACCAGAUAUCAAGCUGCCAGAAAAACUUUCUUUCCCACAGUGCUCAAGCACUAAGAAAAAUGGAAAAACUCAUUCGAUGUUAUGUUCCUAAAGGUUGGGAAGGGAGAAAUCUUGAUUGCUUGCUAUGUAUCCAAGUUACAAGUUGUUGGUGAGGGGAGAGGAACUGAGACAGGAGACCAAUAACACAAGCAAUGUAACCAACAUCGGAUUCAAACCCACAACCAAUAAUAUUGGAAUUACAGCUGCACAACAAUUCUUGUACUUCCCAAUUCUUCAGAUAAUUAAUGUAAUAAUGACUAGCAAAAUUUGUUGAUGAAAUUUCUGUGUUGUGCUUUUGGGAGAUUGAAAUACUUGCGUAUAAUUUGCUCAAGCUGCGUGUCAACUAAUAAAAUGCCAACUCACAAUAGACCGCGUCUUGUUAACAUUUCUGAUCGUCUUCAUUAAUCAGCAUUAAAAAUUGAUGCAUCAUUAUUAAUACUUGUUAAUCACGUUGCCAUGUAAUUGAUACACAUCUUCCUUUUCACCUGAAGUAAAAUUUGACUUCACUUACUCUAUACUGCCCUCUAAAAGUUUGUAACAUAUGCAGUAAUGCUAUCUCUCCUAUUAUAUUUUAGCCUAUUUUGGACCACAAUUAAAUAGCUUAAUAAAUAUCUUUUCGAUAAACCUUAUUAAAAUUUACAAUUUUUUUUUCCUUUAAAAUACCGUAUCAACAUUACAUAAUAAAUGGUUGAGGUUAAAAACAAAGCAUUUACGACCUAAAACAGCACCAAACAGUGGCAGAUCCAGGAAUUCGAAACAGAGGGGGACCAGGGAGCAAUUUUCACAGGACAGUCUGGGUCUGGACACUUCAGCACCAACCAUGGUAGUAAGAAAAAU